AAGGAUUCAUGUGACUUUGACAAAGGGUUUAUUAACUGCAACUUCCAGAUAGGUCUGGACUCUCAUCCUGAGAACCUUUGAUUAACUCAUUGGCUGCCAAGAAUCAAUGGACAGACUUUGGAUUUUGUUACUGCUGACACUUGCCUUGGCAGAGUCUCCUAGUCAUCCAAGAGGACUGUUUAUUAACUUAAAGAAUGGGGAGUUGUGUCUUAAUAGCUUACAGUGCAAAAGCCUCUGCUGUCACCGACCCAAAGGAUUAAGUUUGGCUCGCUGUGCAAACAAGGCAGCUGAAAACCAAGAAUGUUCCCUAAAAAGUUUAUAUGGCGUUUACUACAAGUGCCCUUGUGAGAGUGGCUUAAUCUGUGAUGCUGAUCGGACCAUUGUGGGAAGUAUUGUCAACUCUGACUUUGGCAUUUGCAAGGACCCAUCAAAUUUUGUCAUCAACAGUGACAAAAAAGAAAGAAAGAAAUAUGGUGAAUAG